AUGAGACACCUAGCUGUCGGACUGGACUGGCGCGGCCUGUCUACCACUGUUGUCGGCCCGCCUCUACGCAAAGAAUACUUAAGCAAGAUUGACAGCAUCCUCAGCGACACUACCAAGUUCAGGAAGAUUUCAAGAAACCCUACAGCAGCCCUCAAGAAAAGACUGAACAAGAUAAUAGCAAAGAAUAACUCCACCUGCGAUGUUAAGUUCGAAAGACUCACAGGCGAAUAUGAGAUGGGAUACUGCUAUGGCAAUGUCAAGACCCACAAGCCAGGCAACAAAUUAAGACCCAUAAUAUCCCAAAUUCCCACUCCUACCUACUACAUCGCUAAAAGACUGUGCGGCCUCCUCACACCGUACAUUCCUACCUCCUAUUGUCUGCAGUCAGCCUCAGAUUUCAUCGAUAUCCUCAACAACAGCGACGCAGAAGGAAGAGUUGCCUCACUAGAUGUCGAAUCCUUGUUCACGAAUGUUCCAGUGGAUCGCACCAUCAACUAUAUCAUGGAACGUGUUUAUCACAGUGAAGCAACACCUAAGCUUGCGAUCCCAGAAGCUGUACUCCGAGAACUGCUGGAGUCUGUACUCCGAGAACUGCUGGAGUGUUGCACUAAAGAAGCACCUUUUACCUGCCCCCGCGGUAACAAGUACUGCCAGGUAGACGGCGUGAUAAUGGGUUCUCCUCUUGGUGUACUCUUGGCAAACUUCUUCAUGGGUUGCAUCGAGGAGGAAGUUUUCAAGAUAGUAAAAAAGCCGGAUAUAUAUUGCCGUUAUAUUGACGACAUUUUCAUCAAGACAAAGGACGCAGCCGAAGCAGAGCAUCUUAGACUUCACCUCCAAGAAACAUCUAGGCUAACAUUUACUAUGGAAAACAGCAAAGAUGGAGCCAUGCCCUUUCUCGACGUCUUAGUGCAACAAGAAGAAGGAAGAUUUACCACCAGCGUCUACACAAAACCAACGAAUCCUGGACUCUGCUUGAACGGACGAAGUGAGUGUCCCACGAGGUACAAGGAUUCCACUAUCUCAGCCUACAUCAAAAGAGCGCUUACACACUGCAGCACGUGGAAACAAGUCCACCAAGAAAUACAGCGCUCAACUCAAGUCCUCAUAAACAACAAUUUCAGUGAAAAGGACAUCAACCGCCUAGUAAAGAAAAUUGUCGACAGCUGGCAUAACAAGAAGCAACAAGAGGAUAAGAAAGGGAACAUCAACAUCUUCUAUAAAGCAACUUUCUCUACCGCCUACGAAGAAGAUGAGAGGGCCAUCACGCAGGUUGUGAAGAGGAACAUCAAGCCUUCCGACCCUGACAAACAAGCCAUUGCAUGGCCCUUCAGGCCAUGCAAUUUUGCACUCAACCAGGAGGCAAUGAAGUAUUCCAAGGCAUCAGGUGGACCACGGCACAAAACAAUAAUAAUCUUCAAGAGACGCUAA